AAAACUGUCUUAAUCAUACCAGUUGCCAUACAACUUUCUCUGGCUAGCUGGUGCAUGUAUUAACUCUAUAGAUCUAUAGAAUUAACUAGUUACUGGAAUGGAAGAGGAGCAGAGACAGAAUCCUGUGGAGGAGACCACCAGUGAGCCUCCAGCCUCUCCUUUAGAGCUGCUGGAUGAGACUAUCAAUGGAGAGGUUGUGAAUAGUAUCACUCAGCUAGUACUCCCUGAUCUCUCUGACAAACCCAAUAAGGACGAGCCAGACAAUAGCAUGCUGACCAUGUUCCACUUUGGAGUUGGUGCUUUCCACCCAAAGCCACUGCAAUAUUUCGCUAGCACAAAGUUUUUCACAUUCAUGCUCUGUAUUUUUGGAUUAGUAGAGGGAGCAGUUAUUAGCGGUUUUGAGCCUGUCAUCAUUUCAAGCCUUGAGAGACGCUACAAGUUCUCCAGUACAGCUGCCAGUGUCAUCAUCAUUGUGUUUGAUAUAGCCGUGGUUGUUAGUGUGAUUAUUAUCAGCUACUUUGGAGAAAAAGCCCACAAGCCAAGAUGGAUUGGGAUAGCGUUUGUCACUCAAGGAAUUGGUGCUUUGAUAUUUGCCCUUCCUCAUUUCCUUUUUGGGCAAUACGAUGCUGGAAGUAGUAUUGGUAAUAUGACUUCAUUUGAAUCCUGCAAUGAUCCUUCUUUGUUGGUUCCUGAUUGCGAUGCUGCCAACACAGGUGCUUAUAUUCUCUUCCUCAUUGGAAACACUCUCAUUGGAAUUGCUGCAGCUCCAUUGUUCACUGUUGGGGUGUCUUUUAUCGAUGACAUCGUGCUGCCAAAGUACGUCUCUCUUCACAUUGGAGCAUUUCAAGUCUCUACUAUUGCAGGUCCGGCUCUUGGGUUUGGAAUUGGUUCAGCUUUACUCACACUGUAUGUGGAUAUUGGGGCGCCAACCAACCUGACAGAAGAUGACCCGGCCUGGGUGGGUGCGUGGUGGCUCAGUUUCAUCUUAGUGGCUAUAUUCUCUGUAAUUGGUUCAAUUCCUUUCUUCUUCUUUCCUCGUGUGUUACCCGGUACCCACCUUGUGACAGAAGCACGACAGAAGCAAAUGAAAGGAACCUACGAUGGCAGGUUCGGGGAAGAAAAAACAUUUGUAGAGCAGCUGAAAGCAUUUCCGUUUCACUUACUUGGACUUUUCAAAAGCAAGGCCUGGCUUUUCAUGACGAUUGCAAUUGCUGUGUUGUUUCUCUCACUGGAUGGCCUGGUGUCAUUUGCUGCGAAAUAUAUUGAGAGUGUUUACAGAGUUCCUCCUUCAACAGCUGGUCUUAUUAUUGGAGCCAUGGGAAUUAUUGCUGGUGCACUAGGUACUCUCACUGGUGCUGGAAUAGCCCACUGCGUUAAAAUUGGCAAAAACAUGGGUAUUGUCAACUGGGUGACAGUUAUGAUUGCUGUGCUGCCACUGUUUGGCUUUUUUCUGACUUGCUCCAAUAUAGAUGUUAUUGGUGUAGGAACACCAUACACAAACAACUCCAUCAGCAACUCCAGUGAUGUACUACUAGCCUCAUGCAAUGUUGACUGUGGCUGUUCCUCCACCAUCUUUGAGCCAGUCUGUGGAGCUGAUGGUCUCACCUACUUCUCACCAUGCAGAGCUUCUUGUGACAAAUUUGGAAAUGCAUCUGAUCCUAUAUUUGAGAACUGUGGUUGUGUAGCAAACAACCUCUACAACAUGCAAACUGGAGACAUUGUGAGUAGUGCUAGCAGCCUUCUCGCUAAUAGUACAGCAGUUCGUGGUAUAUGCUCCACCCCUUGUCCGUUCCUGAUUGCGUUCAUUGUGCUAGUAACCAUAUUUGUCUUCCUUAUAUUUCUCAUCCGAGUUCCCUUCCUCCUAGUAACCAUAAGAUCCGUUGCUGAUGAACAGAGGUCCUUUGCACUCGGUGUACAGUCUGUCAUGUUCAGAGUCUUUGGUUCGAUUCCCGGUCCCUUACUUUUUGGAUACAUCAUUGAUUCUGGCUGCGUGUAUUCUCAGGAAGAGUGUGGUCGCAUUGCCAACUGCUGGGUGUACGAUAACAACCUUCUGAGCGUGAGAGCCUUCAUCUUCUGUAUUCUUGGAGUGGGAGCGUGUCUAGUGUGUACCAUAUUGUCGUGGGUGUUCUAUCCUCCCGUUGGCUUCAAACUAGCUCCUCCUGACGGAACAGAAGAUGAAAAUAGCUCGAAUGAAAAGAUAGAGCGAGUUGAAGAGGCAGUCGAGGGAGCUGUAACAAUCCCUAACCUCGUCUUUCAAUCUGAUGACUAACUGAUUAGUCAUUCCACUGUGUUUUUACUAUAUGUGUGCAUCAUUAUAAUUAUUCAUAGCUUCCUAUCUUGUGUGGGUGUCCUCCUGACUAUGUUUUUGAAUACA